AUGGCUGCCAAGCCAGAGGACCUCGCCGACUCCCAGCACUUUUCUCCGUCGGACUUCCUCAACCUUCCACCGACGCCCCGCCUCGACUGCCCUGCCCUGCAGCUGCAGGACGACGAUGACGACCAGGUGCUCCCCUUCAUCUCGCGCGUGCUCAUGGAAGAGGAGAUGGACGGCUUCUUCGACCCGGACCACCCCGCGCUACUCCAAGCCCAGCAACCCUUUGCCGAUAUCUUGUCCAUCGUCUCCGACCCGUGCGUCGCCAACACCAUUGAUGUCGGAGUAGGCACAUGCUUCCCCGACACCGCCCCCGUGUGGGACGGCGUGACCUGGCCCUACGACCCGGUCCAGCUCUCGCAGAAGCUCCUUUCUUCUACGACUACUCCUCCAUACCCAAACAGCAUUGGACGCGACGGCGGCCUCACCAUGGGUGAUGCCGAUGCCGCCUCCUUGCUGGCGACGCCUGCUAGUGCUAGCGACGUUGGAGAGCACGACGCGCUCUUCUCCAGUGGUGGCGCCGGCGAGACGGCGGCAGCCCGGAACAGGGUAACCAUGGACAUGCUGAACCAAGCGUUCCUCAAGGGCAUGGAAGAGGCCAACAAGUUCUUGCCCACCAACAACACCCUCCUCAUCCACUUGGAGUUGGAGACCAUCUCUGAGUCCGGGGACAGACACGGCAUUGCUGCUGGACAGAAACGCCAUAACCGGGACGACAACAACUUGGAGGUCGAGGCAGGCAGAAAAAGCAAGGUGGUAGCACCGGAGCCAGAGGAGACAGGGGAGAUGGUCGACAGAUUCAUUCUAGUUAGGUACCAGUCGCUGCUUGACAAGAUGAUGGACAUGAGCAUCGCCGUGGACAGCGAGGCCGAGCAGAAGAGCAGGAAGGGGAAGAAGAAGAAGUCUACCACUCCCAUGGCGGCGAGCAGCAGCAAGGAGGAGGUCGUGCACUUGCGCGCCUUGCUCCUACAGUGUGCACAUGCGGUGGCCACAGGAAACCGCCUUGGCGCGACCGAGCUGCUUUGCAAGAUCAAGGAGCACUCCUCGCCUACGGGAGACGCCACACAGAGACUGGCAUAUUGUUUCGCCCGUGCACUGGACGCACGGCUCGCAGGCACCGGAAGCCAGCUGUACAGGUCGCUCAUGGUGAAGCACACCUCGGCCAUGCAGUUCAUCAAGGCCUAUCAGAUGUACCUCGCGGUCUCCUGCUUCAAGAUGAUGGCGUUCAAGUUCUCCAACCUAACCAUCUGCAAGGCUGUCGCUGGUAGGAGGAAGAAGCUGCACAUUGUCGAUUAUGGCGAGCAUUACGGGUUCCACUGGCCAACCCUGCUUGGCUUCUGGGGCACGCAAACCUGGGACGAAGGACCACCGGAUGUGAGGAUCACCUUCGUUGGCCUCCCUCAACCAGGGUUCCGUCCGGCUGCUCGGAUUGAGGAGACUGGACGCAGGCUCAGUGCCUUUGCUCGUCAGUGUGGCAUCCCUUUCAGGUUCCGCUGCAUCGCGGCCAAGUGGGAGACGGUCUGCGCCGAUGACCUCGGCAUUGAACCAGAUGAGUUGCUCGUCGUCAAUGGCCUCUUCCAUUUUGGGAGAUUGAUGGACGAGGGCAUCGAUGGCAUAUACACUCCAAGCCCUAGGGACGUGCUCCUCGGCAACAUCCGGAAGAUGCGGCCACAUGUGUUCAUCCUUUGCGUCGAGAACAGCUUACACAACGCGCCAUACUUUCCAGGACGGUUCCAAGAGGCACUGUUCUACUACUCCUCGAUGUUUGACAUGAUGGAUGCAGCGGCGCCACGGGACAAUGAGCAACGCUUGCUGGUUGAGCAGGACCUCUUUGGACGCCGUGUUCUGAAUGCCGUCGCCUGUGAGGGUUUUGAUAGGGUGGAGCGUCCAGAGACGUAUAAGCAAUGGCAGGCACGGAACGACCGAGCAGGCUUGAGGCAGCUGCCACUGGAUCCGGAUAUUGUUAAGGCUGUGAGUGACAAGGUUAGUGACAACUAUCACAGGGACUUUGUCAUCUAUGUGGAUCAAAAUUGGCUCCUGCAGGGAUGGAAGGGACGCAAACUCUAUGCUAUGUCCACAUGGGUUGCAAACGAUGGUUGUAUUUCAAAUCCUAGCUAG